AUGGCCAUCUCAGCAAGUACCCUUAUUGUAACCUAUCAGUCGACCAUCCAUUCGCAACACGAGGAUGAGAGCGCGAGCAAUGGACGGAUGUCAGGAUCUAAACUAUGGUAUCAGGAAGUAAUCCCCUGGGACAAGGAAACUCGCGGAUGGCACGAAAGGCCGCGGACAUCGGAGGCCCAUCUCGUUGCUACGGAGACAUUGUAUAAAGUACCGAUUGCAACCCAGCGAACAAGGAGCGGGAGAGUGAAAGCAAAACAACAAAACACCGAGGAGAAAAAGAACAAGUCCACGUCCUUCGAGAAGGACAUGCCUGGUAGGGAAUCUGAUUUGGAAUCGAUAUGGCAUACUGGGACAAGGACGAAAAAAUGCCACUUCGGUGCCUCCGUACCGAUCUACGCCUGUGCAUGUCUCAGGAAUGUCAAUCAAUGGCAGCUCGGCAUCGAGAACAAAAAACUCACUUACCGCAUAUGCAUCGACUUUGUCGCAGGCAAAAGAGCUGAAGCAUCGCCGCUGGACGGGGACAAGGCAAUCACGCGUGAUUCUCAGGAAUACGACUCUCAACAACGUUUCAACUACGAAGGACAUGAAAAUCAAGGCUCAGAUGGUCCUAAGAGCGGAUGCUCAGCAUCCAUCUCAGUGUCGCAAAUUUUCGAGGCGCAUAAUAAUGCCGCCGGCUGA